UCGGAGGCCGCGCCGGCGGCGGGUGGCGUUUGCUGAGGUUCUUGCAGGCUCCGAGCCCUGCCCUCUCCUCCCGCCCUUCGCAGCAGCCACGGGGCGGAGCAGAGCGGCGUGGCGCGGCAGGGGCAACAGCAGAAGCAGCAGCAACGAGUAUGUCCUCGAGUAGGGCCAAGAAAGUGAAGAUGGCCACCAAGUCCUGCCCGGAGUGUGACCAGCAGGUCCCUGUUGCAUGUAAAUCGUGUCCCUGUGGCUACAUAUUUAUUAGCCGAAAACUCCUACAUGCUAAACGUGCUGAGAGAUCACCACCCAUCACAGAAAACAAGAGUGAGGCCAAAAGGAGACGGACAGAGAGAGUUAAGCGAGAGAAGAUAAAUUCUGCAGUAAAUAAAGACUUAGAAAACCGAAAAAGAUCCAGGUCUAACAGCCAUUCAGAUCAUAGCAGACGAGGAAGAGGAAGACCUAAGAGUGCGUCAGCCAAAAAGCACGAGGAAGAAAGAGAGAAACAAGAAAAAGAAGUUGACAUGUAUGCUAACCUUUCAGAUGAGAAGGCCUUCGUAUUUUCAGUGGCCUUGGCGGAAAUAAACAGAAAAAUUAUCAAUCAAAGACUUAUUCUGUAACUUGUAAGCACAAUCUGCUGCAUUUCCAUGCAGAAUGGCUAGCUUAUUUCCAAGGUGUCAUGGACUCUCAGAAAGUGUGUUGUCUGCACCAACAAGGACCAUAGUAUUUCUUGUUAAAAUUCUGCUGCUGUUCUUGGAAAUGAAUUGUUUCUACAAGUCAGAGAAAAAGUGUUCACGAGACUGUGCUAUGAAAA